AAAAUAAUUUUUUUUCACCCUAUCAAAUAUAACGAAACCCGUUAGAUCUCAAGAUGGUAAAUCAUAGAUAAAAAAUUUUUCAAACCUUAUAAAUUUUGAAAAAUUAUAUAUUCAGAUACUUUUUUCAUUUUUUCAUAAACAAAGGAUCCUGUUACCUAUUUAGUACAAAGUUUGCGUUGGUGCAUAAAGACCCUAUUGUCAUUCCUUAUAUAUAUAUAAAAUAUGCGGUGCCAUCAACCAGAAAUUAAGCAAGAUGCUAGCUUAACAACUUCAAGAGUUGAAUCAGAUUUCAGUAAUGAAAAGAAAGAUGAUGUUGAAAAUUUUUUAAGUUCAAAGACUGAUGAUAGUCAAGAUUCAAUAACUAGUGGUAAUGGUGCUCAUGGUGGACAUUUAAAGAGAACUUUCUCUACUUAUUCUGUCAUUUGUAUUGGUUUUGGUUUAACUAACUCAUGGUUCGGGAUUUCAGCCUCUUUAAUCACCGGUAUUCAAUCUGGUGGUCCCCUUAUGAUUGUUUAUGGUAUUAUUAUUAUUGCCCUGAUUUCUUAUUGUAUUGGUACAACUUUAUCUGAAUUAUCAUCUGCUAUUCCUUCUGCUGGUGGUCAAUAUGUUUGGUCAAGAGUUUUAGCUCCAAAGAAAUAUUCUUCAUUCUUAGCUUACCUUUGUGGUACUUUUGCUUGGGCUGGUUCAAUCUUUACUUCAUCUUCUAUGGCUAUGGCUAUUGCUCAAGAAUUGAUGGGAUUUUGGAUCUUAAAUCAUCCAACUCAUGUGGCUAAAAAAUGGCAAAUGUUUGUUAUUUAUCAAUUAAUUAACCUUUUCCUUGUUCUUUUUAAUUGUUAUGGUAAAUGGUUACCUUAUUUAGGUAAUGGAUGUUUAUAUGUUUCAUUAUUUUCAUAUAUUGUCAUUACUAUUACAGUUUUAGUUUGUUCAAGAGGUAAUUAUCAAUCAGCUAGAUUUGUUUUCGUUGAAUUUGAAAAUGGUACUGGUUGGUCAUCUGCUGGUAUUGCCUUUAUUGUUGGUUUAGUUAAUCCAAAUUGGUCAUUUAGUUGUUUAGAUUCUGCAUGUCACUUAGCUGAAGAAACUGAAAAGCCAAGAACUGAUAUUCCAAAAGCUAUUUUAAGUACUGUUACUAUUGGUUUUGUUACAUCUUUUACUUAUGUUAUUGCCAUGUUUUUCUGUAUUAAUAACUUGGAAGAUAUUUUUAAUUCAAAUACUGGUAUGCCAAUGUUAGAUAUUUAUUACCAAGCUUUAGGUAGUAAAGCUGGUGCUACAUGUCUUGGUGUACUUAUUUUCUUAACUGCUUGUGGUUGUACUAUUUCAUGUCAUACUUGGCAAACAAGAUUAUGUUGGUCAUUUGCUAGAGAUAAUGGUUUACCAUUCUCUAAAUAUUUAUCUAUUGUUGAUCCAAAAUUAGGUGUACCAUUAAAUGCUCAUUUAUUUUCAUCAUUUUGGGUUGGAGUUUUAGGUUGUCUUUUCCUUAUCUCUGAUGCUGCUUUCAAUUCUAUGGUUACUGGUUGUAUUACUUUCUUAUUAUUAUCAUACUUAGUACCAACCCUUGCUUUAUUAUACAGAGGUAGAAAUAAUAUUAAACAUGGUCCUUUCUGGCUUGGAAAGAUUGGUCUUUUCUGUAAUAUUAUUACAGUCCUUUGGUGUAUUUUUGCAUGUGUCUUCUUUUCCUUCCCAUCUUAUAUGCCAGUUACCGGUAGUUCUAUGAAUUAUGUUUCUGCUGUAAUGGCAAUUUACUUAGUUUGGGCUCUUGGUUAUUGGUUCUUCCCAAUUAAGUCCUACGCAUGUAGAGAAGUCUUUGCUGGUGGGUUAAAGAAUAAUGAAGAAGUUGAAUUCCCUGAUGUUUGUUUAACUGACUUAUAGAAUAAAAGUUUUUAUUGUUUGAUUUAUUCAUUGCUUUUAAUUCGUGAUCUUUCUUAAUUUAAUUAAUGUACAUAUUUUUAUAGAGACAAAAGUCAAUUAAAAUAUAAUAAAAUAAAAUAUAAUAUAAUAUAAUUUAAAAGCAUAAGGAGCAUAAUAAGAAGAAUAAUACGAACAAUACUCAAACAAAAUACAG